CACUCACCAGAGAAGAAGAGUCACCGAGAGCCGCUGUCGCUCUGUCUGUCAGUGGGGGAAGAUGGCGGCGUCCAAGGUGAAGCAGGACAUGCCUCCACCGGGAGGAUACGAUCGCAUCGAUUACCGCAGAAAUCUACCGCGCCGGGGUCUUUCCGGUUACAGUAUGUUUGGCAUUGGAAUCGGCAUCAUGGUGUUUGGAUAUUGGAGGCUUUUUAAAUGGAACCGAGAGAGAAGACGUCUGCACAUUGAGGAUUUAGAGACUCGGAUCGCUAUGCUCCCGCUGCUUCAGGCCGAGCAGGACCGCAGUACGUUGCGGAUGUUGCGUGAGAACCUUGAGGAGGAAGCCGUCAUCAUGAAGGACGUUCCUGACUGGAAGGUGGGUGAGAACAUGUUCCACACAGACCGCUGGGUCACGCCUUUCACAGAAGAGCUCUAUAACCUUCGACCACGAGAGCAGUUGCUCCAUAAGAAGUUCGGUUUCCUCUGGUAUGUGUAGAUGGACAGCAGCUAUCCCAGCAUGCCUGGCGUUCAGCGUCAUCUGUUCCGAGUGAUGUGAGACAUGAUGAACACACCGUUCACUUUGUAAAUGUUCAAUAAUAAAUCUCUUUUCUUUACUUGA